GGCUGCCGAAGCAGCAUUGAGCAGUAUUUUCUUUCAUGUUGAAUAUUGUUACUCACCGUGUUCACCUUCGCGUCUAAGAGAGACGGCCUGCACAAGUAGGAAGAGGAUGACGGAGAGGAAGACACAGAUAGCUUGAGAUCUACUAUUGAUAUUUAGGAUCGAAUCACCAUAGAGAUCCUAGGUCUCCGCUCUUCUGUGUGUCCAUCUCUCUGUGUACUCUGUGAACAGCGCCACCCUCGUGGCACACAUCUAAUCGGUGUAGUACCUCUCGGGUAUUAUAAUAAGAAAAUAUCUGAGGUAUAUCUGAUUAUAUCAGACUCUUACUUUGCGCCAUCUCGAUUUCUCUAUGAGCAAGUUCAAAUAUAAAGUAGAAAAGUGGACACAGGUCGAUGAGGGAAAAGAUGGAUUGUAGUGUAACUCCUGUGAGGUCUAAUGAUAGAAGAGGAGCAAGAUGAAGCGGACGACGAUCCUAGUUGGACCUUGAAUUUGGACGAGCUGGAAGCAGAAAUCAAUGAACAUGAGACCAGUUUGCUUCUAGGUGGUGGAGGCGCGACUUCGUCAUCCACCAAACACCAUCGGUCGUCUAAGAUCCUCUACUCGACGAACAAGAGUAGUCGAGCAGGAAUACUAGAAGGUGCUACUAAAAAUACAGCUACCACUUUUAGUACAAAUCAACACGAUGCUGGAGGCAUGGGGAAAGGAUCCACCAAGUCAGCUAUUGGGCAUAUGCAUUCCCUGCUGUUAUCGGAACAACGGCUGCGCAAGGAAAAUGAACAGCUCCGACGAGACGUCGCAACUCUUAUUAUGGCCGAUGGAGCGGGAAGAUCUUGAUCUUGAUACAUUUAUAGAUAUGGAAGCACUGUCCAACAUAAAGAUGUACUAACUUUUACUUUUACAUCAUGUCUCGAACACCAAGAUGAAAAUGAAUAAUAGUCAGAAAUAGGAAUCAUCUUUCCAAAAAAAGUGAACGGUUCCAAAUUCUAAUUAAAAAAACAUCAAACAAGAAUGUAGUUCAUGUUGAGUCUCUGAAUAAAACAUCUUCAAUGUUGAAUAUCUAAUCUACCUGCUCAAUCAUGGUCUCGAGCCAAUUCUUCGAGUGACAGCGCUCCCUUCAGCGCUCUGCAGAGCGCAUUACCAAGUGCUUUACCAAGUACACUCCCCUCAGCAGUAGAUCACCCACCUCUCUCUAGGCCAAAUUGGGUCGCUCCACUUUACUACUCGGAAAGAACAAGCCCUAGAAAGAUCCCCGGGGAGCAUGGAAUUGAAGACGCAGUAAACGACAUUCGCUUCCUCAAGAACGAUCAUGGGAUUGAAAAGAGUUGUAACAACAACAACUUGCAGAGCACUGAAAAGAGCUGCAACAUCAAAUUCAAAAACUUUAAGAGGAACGAAAAUCAACAAGGGCACAAAAACAAGAAGAAAACAAAGGCCAUUGCUAGGACCAAAGUUGAUGUUGUUCCGAGUAAGAAUUGGACGGACAUUGACGCAUUUGUUGUCUCUUUAAGCGGGAAGCGAGCAGAGAGUAGAGUCAAGACGCACCAGCCUCAGUCCUCUCAAGAACAUAAGGAGCAGUCCUCUCAAGAACAUAAGGAGCAGUCCUCUCAACAUAAGGAGCAGUCCUCUCAACAUAAGGAGCAGUCCUCUCAACUUCCUAAAAGUCUAAAUCCUUUAGAACAAGGAGUAGACGAGCUUUCUCUAUCAUCAAUUUCGGCAAUCUCAUCUUCAGACUCGCGCCUCAAUGCAGUUCACACGGUCACGGAGCAAAAACAUCCGAAAAAAGGUCCUUUUUUAGUUCUUGAGAACAAAGGUGACAAGGACGUAGCUGCACUAGACACCGAGAAGAGUUGUAGAAGCGGUCCCCGAACAAGCGCCAAGUUGCGACAUCAGCCUCCAGUUAUCCUGUCCUCAAGUCAGACUUCUGCGUCACAGCAAUCCUCAGCCUCUUUCAAGAACACUCAGCAUGAACAAAGGGCUGACGAAAGCUCGAACGAUUCGAAUGCUGGCCAAUCAGAAGACGAGGGAGCACGAGAAGAGGGAAGAUCGGAUGGAAGCACAGGUAGCUCUGAAGAGACGAGUAGAGCAGGUUUAUCAUCAAGCGUCGCCUCAGAGGUGCUCAUUGAUGGGAUAGGAGAAGUUCCGUUACUGGAUCUGGAUGAAGAUUUUUAUGGCUAAGUAGUAUGGUUGUCCUCAGAGGCUAUCCUCCUCGUGUCACGGUCAUAGGUAUUCAGAAAGUACGGGUCAGGUGCUGUGUGAUACAAUCAAAACCGCUAGAAGUACUUGCCGAGGAGCUUCUUUUCGAUUGUUUAGGACCGACUCGACUUCCUACAACAGCCUCUAAGAAGGGGUAGAUGACGAGUACGACUCGCAACCCGAUGCGCCGCGGCGGCAAGUAAAGCGUGGCCCAGCGAGUGCAAAAGCCAGUAGAUCACAGACGGAGCAGAAGUCUAAGCGUGAAGCAACAACUCUCGCAACUUCGACCACAAGUGCUUCAAGAAGACGUCUGCACGACAGAGAUGCAGCACGAACUUCAUCAAAUCGAGGACGCAAUCAGGAGGCCGAAAACGCUUCAAGUCGAGGACGCGGCCAGAACAAGCAGUCCCAUCGCGACCCACACUAUGAACAUGAAAGCAGGAGUAGGGAUCAUCUAGUGUACAGACGUAAACAUGAAGAAGAUGAAGGGUUGUACGUGCCUGCACACGAUCACGAAAAAGGGUACGCUCGUGCUCACCAUGCGAAGCCUGCUGCGGCAAAUCAUCAAGCCGAAAGCGAUCGAGAUCCACACCCACUUGAGGACAGAGGCAGUUCCACUUUGUUGCUCCGCCACGACAAAAAGCCACUAUCUUCGUAUGCAGAGAAGAGCAGAUUGGAAGUGUGCGGCACAGAGAUCCAAUUUGAGAUGAUUCCCACAACUCCAAACGGUGAAGACAUCGGACAAGGUCAUCUCGUAAAUGCUGAUCGCAGAGAACAACUGCAUACGUCGCAUCAUCUCGUAGUGCGAUCAUCUGUGGUCGCUCCAUCAAGAAACGAAUGUUCGCCAGCAGAGAAAGAACGUGGCUCACGACCCACAUCGAAGAAACACCGCAGAAGUGGCCUGGAAGAACGAAGUGAUUUGAUGUGGGAGGAUAUAUCCCCAGUUAUUCAUACCGAAAUUAGAAGAUGUCCGAAGAGUAGAAGAUCAGCAACUACCUCCAGUACCAGCAUUAGAACAAAGUCCAUAUUAAAAAAAGCUAGUCCCUGUUCCACACUGUCCCCAUCGACAAAUGCUGCUGUUGGAUAUGGCAGGAGUGGCCAGGCAAGUCCUGCACAUGAUCAUGAUCAUGGAGGAGAACAACAAGGAAAAAUAUUAGUUCCUUCAGCGUCCCAUUCUAUCAAAUUGCUAGCGAGGCAGCGAAGGCAAGAAGCAGACGACCUUCCAGAGCAGUCUCCUUUUUCAGUAGACCACAAUGGUGCUGGAUCAUCUUCAUCGUCAUCCAGUUGCCAAGGCGUCAGCACUAAGGCCUCAGCAUCGUCUCUUUCUUCGACUCAAAAGCCAGCCGUCCCCUCUGAAGAUGGUAAUGGCAUGAAAGCGGUGGCUGACCGGCCUAGCGUAUCUGUCCCGAAGCUCAGGAAAGAGGAGCACCCACUACUGCCGCCGCCACGUUAAGACAAGAUGAACCUAAGUACUUAGAUACUAGAUCUAGAUUGAGAAGUACUCCAUGGUAGUCCUUGAUAUAAUUUGUUUCGCUUUCGAGGCUUCACAAGUAAGCAGAAAGAUCUAGAUCUCCAUGAGCAAAACCAUGCAUUGUAAUUAUUAUAGGCUUCAUUAUAAGAGAAAAGAAGAUCAUGCUGUACUUCGUGAUCGUGUCCUCUAACCAUAUCUCAAACCAGCUAUGGGGCAAAGAGCCUCUGGGGAGAAAUUGAUGCGGGAUAUAGACACGAUGGUCGAGCACCUGAACUAUCGAGCUGCUGCUUCCACGAAGCUAAAAAACUUCGCUGGGAGCAAUGUACGGCAGCCGCUACUUUCUGCUGCCCCAGGCGUGGCGCAUGGAACUGGAGCUACUGAGGAUGAUGAUGAAUUAUCGGAAGAAGACGAACAUAGUAGGCCUCUACCACACCAUCACGGGGAUCAAGCCAGCGCCGGCGUAGUCAAGGCCAGUGCUGAAAAUACAAGUAGUUGUAGUCGACAGUCACUGCAUCAUCUUCAGACCAACGACCACCCUCAGUUUCAUCUGCGGUCAUUACUCGGCGGUGAACGAGGGGCUCCGCAGCAAGCACGACAAGUCACAUCCUCUAAUGCGCUAGUAGAUCAUCGAGGACGAAAGGCUGGCCGCAGUCCUGAUGUAAUAGGUGGAGGUCGGCGCGUUCGUGGAGAAAAUGAGGGAGCUGCCGAAACGAUGGUCGCCAGCAACGACGAACCUGGCAUGCGAGCUUGCUAUGAUGCACUUCCAGGCCCAAAGAGCAGCUACCUCCGACAACACCAGCGUCCCGUAGCGAGGCUUAUCGAGCCAAAGCAGGUUCAGCGAGGCUUAUCGAGCCAAGCCAGCGCUCCGUAG